AUGAUCUACUCCUCGGGAAGGGAAUCCUUCUUCAACCUGAACUCCACCUGGUACGACCCCUCGGGCUCGUGGCUGGACACGCGGCGCACCCCGUUCCGCUACGGCUACGCCAACUGCUGCUCCUCGGGCUGCCACGGCGAGGGCGCCGAGGGCAUGAGGGGCCACGACUACCGGCACUACGGCUACAGGCAGCCCGUCUGCUCCGAGAGGUGCCAGGGCUACGGCUCCUCCGGGUCCUGCCACGGCUACGGCUCCUCCGGGUCCUGCCACGGCUGCGUCCGGAGACCCUCGUACGGCUACGGCUCCUCGGGGGGCUGCCAGGGCUACGGGGGGUCUGUCUGCUCCGAGAGGUGCCACGGGUCGUCAGGGCAGGGAUAUGGGAGGUCUGUCUGCUCCGAGAGGUGCCACGGGUCGUCAGGAGGAGCUCAGGGAUACGGGGGGUCCGUGUGCUCCGAGAGGUGCCACGGGUCGGGGUACCGGGGGGGCAAGGCGAGCUAUGGGAAGGUCUCGCAGUGCAUCCCGCAGAGCAGCCCCAACUUGGGCACGUGGCUGCUUCGCACUAAGCACGAGAAACAGGUAAAUUCAGCCAAGUCCAAGGCUUACAAGACCGCCCAGAAACCUCCCCGGUUCCCCGAGCCAGGCGUGGUGGGCAAUUAA